AGCCGCCACCUCACCCCCCCCAUCGGCCGCCUGCGUCCCACCACCCGCUCCUGCUGCCGGGCCUGCCGCCCGUUGCUCUCGCCACUGAAGCCCUCGCCGCCGCCUCCGCCUCCGCCCGCUUGCUUGCCCUCCUGCCGGCUGCCUCCCGGAUGAGAAGCGGCGCAACCUGGGCAGCGGAAGCGUGGUCGGCCUGAGCCUUCGCCGGGGUUUCUGCCGAGAAGGAUCCUGGAGAUUAAGCGCAUGGGUUCCUUGGAGGCCCGGUACAGGCCGGCCGGGGCAGCUGAGGACACAGCUAAGAGAAGGACCCAAAAAAGCAAAAGUUUCAAAGAGGUUGAAAAAUUUGAUGUUUUUGUGCUGGAGAAAAGUUCUGGUUGCAAGUUCCGAUCGAUGCAACUUUUGCUCUUCGCUAUCAUGUCUGCUGCAUUUCUAACAAUCCUAUACACACCAUCUGUGUAUGAACAUCAGUUGCAGUCAAGCUCUCGGCUUGUCAAUGGGUGGAUAUGGGAUAAGAGGAGUUCUGAUCCCCGAUAUGUAUCUUCUGCUAGCAUUCAAUGGGAGGAUGUAUAUAAAAGUAUCCAAAAUCUGAAUGUUGGUGAACAGAAGCUCAGUGUUGGACUCCUGAAUUUUAACAGGACUGAGUUCGACGCUUGGACACACAUGCUCCCAGAAAGUGAUUUUUCAAUCAUAAGGCUGGAGCAUGCCAAUGAAAGCAUUACCUGGCAAACUCUCUAUCCUGAAUGGAUAGAUGAGGAGGAAGAAACUGAGAUACCAUCUUGUCCUUCGCUUCCAGAUCCAAGUGUCCCAAGAGCAACGCAUUUUGAUGUUAUUGCUGUUAAGCUCCCCUGUUCUCGUGUGGCUGGUUGGUCAAGAGAUGUUGCAAGGUUACAUUUGCAGUUAUCAGCAGCAAAAUUAGCAGCGACCACAGCAAGAGGCAAUAGUGGAAUCCAUGUGCUGUUUGUGACUGAUUGCUUCCCGAUUCCGAACCUCUUCUCUUGCAAGGACCUAGUGAAGCGUGAAGGCAAUGCUUGGAUGUACAAACCUGACGUGAAGGCGUUGAAGGAGAAGCUCAGGCUGCCUGUUGGUUCCUGUGAGCUUGCUGUUCCACUCAACGCAAAAGCACGACUCUACACAGUAGACAGACGCAGAGAAGCAUAUGCUACAAUACUGCAUUCAGCAAGUGAAUAUGUUUGCGGCGCGAUCACGGCAGCUCAAAGCAUUCGUCAGGCAGGAUCAACAAGAGACCUAGUUAUUCUCGUCGACGACACCAUAAGUGACCACCACCGCAAGGGGCUGGAAUCUGCGGGGUGGAAGGUCAGGAUAAUACAGAGGAUCCGGAACCCCAAAGCCGAGCGCGACGCCUACAACGAGUGGAACUACAGCAAAUUCCGGCUGUGGCAGCUCACGGAUUACGACAAGGUCAUCUUCAUCGACGCGGAUCUCCUCAUCCUGAGGAACAUCGAUUUCCUGUUCGCGCUGCCGGAGAUCACGGCGACGGGGAACAACGCGACGCUCUUCAACUCGGGAGUGAUGGUCAUCGAGCCUUCGAACUGCACGUUCCGGCUACUGAUGGAGCACAUCGACGAGAUAACGUCGUACAACGGCGGGGACCAGGGGUACCUGAACGAGAUAUUCACGUGGUGGCACCGGAUCCCGAAGCACAUGAACUUCCUGAAGCAUUUCUGGGAGGGCGACGAGGAGGAGGUGAAGGCGAAGAAGACCCGGCUGUUCGGCGCGAACCCGCCGGUCCUCUACGUGCUCCACUACCUGGGGAGGAAGCCGUGGCUGUGCUUCCGGGACUACGACUGCAACUGGAACGUGGAGAUCCUGCGGGAGUUCGCGAGCGACGUCGCGCACGCCCGCUGGUGGAAGGUGCACAACCGGAUGCCCAGGAAGCUCCAGAGCUACUGCCUUCUGAGGUCGAGCCUGAAGGCCGGGCUGGAGUGGGAGCGGCGGCAGGCCGAGAAGGCGAACUUCACGGACGGGCAUUGGAAGCGGAACGUAACGGACCCGAGGCUGAAGACCUGCUUCGAGAAGUUCUGCUUCUGGGAGAGCAUGCUGUGGCACUGGGGCGAGAAGAGCAAGAGCAACUCGACGACGACGCGGAACAGCGCCGUGCCGGCAACGACAACGACAACGCCUGCUGCUGCGAGCCUGUCGAGCUCGUGAGACUUGUAGAUAGCUCUGUCUGCCGAGAGUAGUAUACCAGUACCAGAUACAGAACUUCUGAAGCUCCAUACAUACAUAGCGACAGCUCUGUAAAGGUAGCUAUGUAGGCCUUUUCCUUCCCCGAAUGACUAUAUACCUUCGUCUUC